UGUUAAUAAUAUAUUAUAGUUGUUUAAUGGUUCAAAGCAGAAUUUAAUUUAACCAGGAGUGUUUUGCAACAAGGAAAUUUAGGUUAAAAUCUCCUUUCUUUUUACGUAUAUACAGUAUAUAUUGUUACAUAACACAUCGAGAUAGCUUAAAAAUUAAUUCAUAAGUUAAUUCAAUAUAAGAAUUCUCUUAUAUUCAUAAACAACUUUCACUUUUUAUACUUUUAGUAUUUAAAUAUUUAUACCCACGUUUGUAUAGAUUAUUCUUUUAAGCAUAUCUAUCUAUCUAUUUAUAUACAUUGUACAUUAUCAGUUUGUACGGUUAUUUCGAGUUAACGUUUAAUGAUGUCCUAAACGGAGGUAGUCGCUUUAUAAAUUCUGAUUUGACGACGGUAUUGAUUUGUUUCCGCAAAUAUUCAUAGGCUUGUUUUUAAGUGCAAAAUAAUGUUGUGUGCCAUAUGAUUCAUCACUAGCAAACUAAAAGUAUCUCAAAAGAGACAAAGUUUUUUUUUAUUACUGUUUUCAAGUGCUUUCGGAAAUUAUUUUUCUUUAUGGAGUAACUUUUCCAAAAAACUAUUAUCAUUCAAUAUAUUGACAUAAACCGAAAUAUAUCUUUAAAAAGAUGCCUAAGAGUAAUAAAUUAGAUGAGUUUUCGAAAGAAUGGAAUGAAAGACUUAAAAAUAUGCCGGGACCUUUAAAGAGGCAGAAAAGUAGAUCAAAAAUAUCUCCCAGUGGAGGUAAUAAACAAGAAUCAAGUGGACCAAACUUGUGGAGUGAAGCUAAAACAAAAUCAGCCAUAACCCGUCUUAAAAGAGCUCCGCCUUCAACGGCUGAUUCUGGAUCGAUAAGUAAUGAAAAAAGUGCACAAACUAAAAAUAAUAUUAGAUCGACUCCUGAUAAUCAAUACAAAAUCAAUGCACAAAUCCAUCAGCAAGACAGCUCAUCUAGCUUGGCUCUAAGUAUAGCCACAACGAUUGAUGAGAGUGAAAAUGUUAUGGAAUCGAAGGAAAGGGAAAAUGAACUACAUCAUCAACUCAAAGAUACUUUAGCUGAAUGUUCUAGGCAGAGGUUGAGAGCUUUACAUAUGUCUUUAAGGAGACAGGCGAAUUCGGAGACUAGAAUUAACCAAAAAGACUUGGAUAAAGUUUUUCAGGAAAAUCAAAUUAAAGUAUCAUCCAGAGCCUUUCAGUUAUUAUGCGAAGUUUUUGGUGAUUCUUAUGGAAUUAACUUUGAUAAGAUGUGGAAAUCUCUUGUUACAGCUCAAUGCCAAACUGGUACAAAUGGAGACAUUUAUUUGUUAUAUAUUAGACUGGUUUUAAUGGAAACCACUCGGAGAGUUAUCAUUAUUUAUUAUAUUUUUAUUUUACUCUUUAUAGGUAGAGACAGUGUCUUGGCACAAGAAAGGAAGCAUGAAAUUAAUUCUGAUGCCUUCUACGUUACCCCGGAACAAAGAGAUGCUGACCUAAUCAGUAGAAUCGAGAAGCAAUUAACCAGCAGUAGAAUUCCUUAUAACAUUGAUAAACUAAAAAACGCCUGUCAAAAGAAAGAUAGCGAUAAGGUUGGAAAAGUUCGUCAAACUGAGCUCCACAAUAUAUUUAUGGAUCAGAAUUUUCCAGUUUACGGAGCACUUUUGAACUCUUUAUUAAAGCGAUGCGACGACGAAAAAUCUGGUAAUGUUAGUUGGCCAGAGCUGAUGAGCUUUAUUGAGACGGCUCAUCAAAAUUUAAAAUCUGGAAAGAGCUCAACUGUUUCGUUAAAUGCAUCUUUAGCCUCUUUAAAAACCCUCUCAUCCUCUCAGAGUGGGAAGAAACCCAGUAGGCAAGGCUCUAUUAAGAGCGUUAAAAGUUCAGCAACUAAAAAGGGUGAGACGAAAUCACCGGCCACAAAUAUUAAAUCAAAAUCUCCUAGGCCAAAAUCAACAACUCCAUUGCCAAAGAGUGACGCUCCUAGAAAAAUUGAAGACGUUCUCGAAAAGGAUGAAAAAGCUGAAGAAUCUACUCAAAAAGAAGUAAAGGAAACAAAACCUGAAAAGGUUACGGAUAAAGGAAGUUAUCAGUCGGACAAGCUAUCUGACAGACAGAGCGUGUCAAGCGUCCAAUCAACUAUUUCUCAGGCCGAUAAAACUAAAGCUGUUGCAGUUGCGAGUAUGAAGACGCCAUCUGCUGGAAGUAGAGCCGAUUCUGAAUCUUCUGUACCAUUAAUUCAAGUCGACCGAACUUCCGACACGAUUAUUGAAGAGGCGGAAACUGAAUCUAAAAAAGAAACGCCAGUCUCUUCCCCUAAACCAUCACCAAAACAGAAAAAGCCAGAGACGUCAAAGGAAAUUUCGACUGAGAUUAAAGGAAAGAAAUUAAAGUAUUGGCCGUCCGAUGACGUCAAAAGCCUUAAGAUAUCAACAGAUCCCCCAAAACAGAGAUUAAAACUGGAAUGGAUAUACGGUUACCAGGGAAACACUUGCCGAUCAAAUAUACAUGUAUUAAAAAGCGGAGAGAUUGUAUAUUUUAUAGGGACAUGCGCCGUUUUAUACAAUAGAGAUACAGAUGCUCAGAGACAUUACAGGGAACACACAGAGGCAGUGACCUGCAUGGCUCUACACCCGAAUGGUGUAACCGUGGCGACCGGCCAAAAAGAAGAUGCUAAAGAGAAAUCGGCAUUGAUAAGAGUAUGGAGAUCGGAUACUUUACAAACCCUUCACAUUAUUGGGAAUGGAAUUCUGAAAAAGAGCGUACUAGCUGUUUCCUUUUCAAAAGGAAAAGAAAGGUUAUGCGGACUAGACGCUAAUCAGAAUCAUAAUUUGGGCGUAUGGGACGUUUCAACUGGAAAUAUUCUUGUUAAAGUUGAAACUGGAAUAGAAAAUUUGUUAAAUCUUGAUUUUAAUCCAAAAAAUUCCGAUAUUAUAGUAACUAUUGGUAAAGAGCAUAUAGGGUGGUGGACAAUUUACUUAGAAGGUAAAACCAUUCAAAUGACAACAAAACCAGAUUAUCAGAACUUUUUAAGAGCGAGAUUUAUAACAAGUAUGUUUCAUACUGAGAAGGGAGACUUAAUUACUGGAGAUUCUAAUGGAACUGUAUAUAUUUGGGGUCAAGGUGGAAAUGUGAUAACGAACUUCCUAAAGCAUAUCCAUGAUGGUUCGGUUUUCUCAAUUCUGACUGUUAGAGGUCAUAUUAUUACUGGAGGUAGAGAUGGAAUUAUAAACUGUUUCCAUUGGUCUAAAAAUAUGGAUAAAAUGGGAACUUUGCAAGUUCCUAGACAGGAAGGUGGAAUAAGAAUGCUGCAAAUUCAUAGGGAUCUCUUGCUUAUUGGAACAACGACAAACUCUAUAUUAACUGCCACAUUGGCUGGAACGGCUUUAAAAAAUCCUUUUUCAGGAGUAUUUUUAAAUGAAGAAUUCCUUACGGCAGGUCAUUUUGACGACGUUAAAUCUUUGGCAGUUCCCGGUAAUCCAGAAAAUCCUGAAAAGAUACUUUCAGCUGGGGUCGAUGGAAAUAUUUGCCUAUAUGAUAUAGUAAAAAAAAGUGUCACCUGGAAGUAUUACAUGAAGGGUUUAAACAUUGACUGCUUUGACAUUAAUCAAGACACGAAUAUGAUGGCAUUAGGUUUAAGGACUGCUUUUGUUUUUAUAUUUACUAUUGCUUACGACGACGAGGGUCAUGUAGAAAUGACCGACGUUGGACGUAUAAAGGUGUCAACUGAGAAGAUAACUUGCAUAAAAAUCUCUCCAAACUGCGAGCAAGUCUUGGUAGGAGAUAUCGAUGGACAACUACACUCAAUAGGCCUAAAGACUAAUGAAGAAAAUGAAGAAUAUUGGGAUGUCUUAAAUACAAUAAAGGCCCACGACAGUCCUAUAUCUGCGGUUGAUUGGUCAGAAGAAAAAUAUAAAGAGACUUAUAUAUUUCGAGCUAGUGCCAAAUCGAUGGAUAUGAGUAUCUGGGAUGGAAGUAACUUUACUUUACUAGAGGAUAAAUCAGUAAGAAAUAUGAGAUGGUGGACUGCAAAUUGUUUAACAUCAUACGAAGUUUCCGGUUUAAUUUAUUUUAAUAUAUACGAAAAAAAUAAGCCUAUUACUAAUAUUUUGAUGUCUUAAUUAGGCAUAUGGGAAAGCGGACAAGCUCAGAAAGCCAAUAUAGAAACUGUUGAUAUUACACCAUCAAAAACACUAGUCCUAAUGGCCGAUAGUAUAGGCUAUCUAAGUCUCUUUAGAUAUCCUUGCUGUAAGAAAGGGAUGUACAACCAUACUUAUAGAGCUCAUAAUCAUAUUUCUUGUGCAAAAUUUACCCAAAAUAAUCAAAAUGUAUUAACUGUUGGAGGAAAUGAUUGUACCAUAAUUCAAUGGAAGAUAAUAUAAAACAAGUACCAUAAAAUACUAUACAAGCGUUAAGUGAUGAACAUAUACUGUAUAUGUACACUGUUCAACUACAAUCUUCAAUCUUAAUAAGCGCAAAAAUUUAUAUAUUUGUUUAUUUACUAUUUGACUUGAAUAAAAGCCAAAUACACAGAAAAGCCUUUUUAUUUUCUGACUACUUCAAGGAAG